GUAACCUUCCUCUCGCCUGAAGAAGGCUUGGAUAGGCGCCUGGACUCCCGCAACCCUUGUGAGGAUAAGCAGAAUGGAAGAUGAAUGAAUCAAACACAGCAAACAGUUGUGAAAUUCAGUGCAGAUGAAAAAAAAAAAAAGAUGGUCAGAACUAUCUUAGGUCACACUCUUGGAACAUCAGUAGUUUGUAGGAAUCAGAUCAGGAUUAAGGAUAUACCACAUUUUGUGUAAGUUUCAUCAAAUAUACCAAGAAGAAACUCAAAAGAAAAUACAGUAUUUGGUUCAGCUCAACACGGAAUUCACCUCUGAUAAAAGGCAAAAAAAUCUGUUCAAUGCAAUCUUCCAAAUAGCUAACAUUAGCUGUCACACAUUUCCUCUUCUUUACUCGUCACAUUCAUUGUCUCUGUCUGAUGUGCUGCUCUUAAGUGCGUACUUCAUAACUCAUAACGUAAUUAAAAAGAAUAUAAAGAAGCAAACACUUUGUUCAUUAUUUCAUGCAGUUAUUGUGCACUUCCUUUUGGUGUGCAAUUUUUGCUCACCAGGGUGUCGUACAAUACAUGCAAUGCAUAUACAGCACCUAAAGAAUAUGGCCACACCUGCCCAGAAAGCUGCAGUAACGUUUUUUUUUUUUUUUCUUUACAGAAGAUAAAGAAUAUGUAUUUGUGAGGAUUAUUAUACUGUCUGGCUCCAUGUGUUGCUGCGUAAUUUGUGUUCCAAUACAUUUGCUUCAAGGGACAUAAUAGCGUGAAUGUGACGGGAGAUUCCGUAUCGCACCGCCGCGGUGUUUUGAAUUCCAUUUCCUCAAAGUUAUGUGGCAUUUGGUGACGUAAACAACUGACAAUUCUUUUCGGCGGUGGAAUGGUCAAGUCCUAGAAGGUUGUGCGUUCUAUCCCGAGUCUUUAUGACCAUGUCGACGUGUCCUUGAGCAAGCAACGGAACCUGAUGCAGCAUGCCGUCAUGUUCUGCAUCAUCUUUCAUAAAACAGAAAGAUCUGAUCACAAGACACCUUUGAAAAUGAAGAAAAGCUUGUAAAAGCAAUUGUGCAUCGCUGCCAUAAAAAAAAAACUCUACACAAUAAUAAGAUACAGUUGUAAAGGCCUAAAACUAGCAAAAUGUACACGAAUGGAGGUAGUCCACUUUAGUUCUCGAUGUCUUGACAUGGACCUAACGUGCGUUGUCUCCUUUCCAGCCGCACGCGGGCGUCUCUCGGAAAUGACGUCACGGCCAAGCACCAAAACUUGGAGCCGGGGCUCGAGGGUGGCGAGGCGAGUCCGACCGGAGUCGAGCCCACAAGGCGGCGGAGCUCCGCGACAGAAAGAGGGAUGAGGGGAACGCGGAGCGAAGGCGGACAGACGCCCGUUCCCCAUUGAGUCGGCUAAGCGGGGGACUCGACGUGCUCCGGAUGGACUCAAGAUGACUUGAUGACAAGUUUGCAGGAGUUCGGAGCGUCACCGACAUCAGAGCCUCCUCGCCGGCGGCCGGGAUGGUGCGCCUGCUCGGGUGCCUCCUGCUCGGAUACCUCACCUGGAAUCUGCGGAUCUCCGACGCGCAGGGGGAGUACUGCCACGGCUGGCUGGACGCCGGCGGCAACCCCCACGACGGCUUCCAGUGUCCGGAGGACUUCGACACCAGCGACGCCACCGUGUGCUGCGGCUCGUGCGCACUCCGCUACUGCUGCGCCGCGGCGGACGCGCGUCUGGAGCAGGACGGCUGCACCAACGACCGACCGGCCGACGACCCCGACGAGGACGGCGACGACUAUGCGGCACAGCCUGUGUACAUGCCCUUCCUCAUGGUGAGCAGCAUAUUCGUGGCCUUCGUGGUGGUGGGCUCCCUGGUGGCGGUCUAUUGCUGCACCUGCCUGCGGCCCAAGCAGCCCGCCCAGCAGCCCAUUCGCUUCUCGCUGCGCAGCUGCCAAGGCGAGACCAUCCCCAUGAUCCUGACAGCCGCACCGCCCGGCCUCCGUGCCCCGUCGAGGCAGUCCAGCACAGCCACCACCGGCUCCAGCUCGGCGGGGGGCGGCGGCGGCUCCACGCGGAGGUUUUCCAUUGGGGGCCAACAGCAGCACAGUUGCCUAGUGUCGCCCGCAGUCUCCACCCCGGCGUCCACUCCGACUCAAACCCAUCAGACGUUGCCCCCGUCUCUGCCCCCGCCCUACACGUCCCCUCCUGCGUCGGGGGUCCUCCAGCAGCCCUCGCAGGGCGCUCCGUUCCUCCUGGGCCAGCAGUACUUCUUCCCCCUGCAGCCCGACGCAUUCACCUCAGCAAAGGGUUUCGCCGACUUCGGCCAGAGUUGACAAGUGCUGCUGCCAGACUGAAUCUAGUUGGAGAUGCUUCAACCUACCCGAACAAGCCACCUAUGCACUUUUUGUAUUGUAGAUUGUACAGUAAACACUAUGACUGUUGUUGUAUGGGCUGUUAUUUUAACAAUAAACAAAUAAUUCUCGGCAAUCCAGGAAGAUGAUGGGCUGCUUGAGAAAAGAUGAACCAGAA